UCUGAUCUCGAUUAUCAUUUUUGUUUUCUGCUUAAUUUACAAUUAAUUGUGAUUAACGCAAAAUCAUUUCGGACCGGCUGGACCGGUUGCCGGCCAGAACUAUUCCGUAGCAAGAAUGGUGAAGUUCUCAAAGGAGCUGGAGGCUCAGCUUAUACCGGAAUGGAAGGAUGCUUUUGUGAACUACUGGAACUUGAAGAAACAUGUGAAAAGGAUCAAGCUUUCGAGAAGAGCCAAAUCGGUUCAAGGUGGUCACGAUUUUGGCCGGUCUAUUUUCGAUCCGGUUCGGGCUCUGGUCCAGAAGCUCUCUGGGAUGCUCGGGGAUGGGGACGCCGGCGUCGAAAAGCCGGAAAGUUCUCAGGUGAAUAACCAAAGUAAGGGAGAAGAGAGUGAUGGAGAAGAAGAAAAUGAUCAAGAAAUGCAUGAGAAUAAAAAUGAGCUUGUUCAGUUGUUCUCCGAGGAAGAUGAGGUCAAUGCAUUUUUCGAAAAAUUGGAUGGAGAGCUUAAAAAAGUGAAUGAAUUUUACAAGAAUAAGGAGAGUGAGUUUCUUGAAAGAGGUGAGAACUUAAACAAACAGCUACAAAUUCUGUUGGAUCUGAAGCAUGUUAUCAAUGACCGUCGCCGGAAACUCCUUGGCGGCUCAAGAUCGGCUUCGGGAGGUUUCUCCCGGUCUAACUCCUCCGCCCAAGACUCCGAUUCAUCCGAGAACCGGAGCGAAUGUUGUGCGAGUCCGGCAAUGGAGAACAACACAACAUCGGAGACAGACAGUGUGAUCACUGCAUUAGAAAAGAAUGGAAUAGGCUUUGUUCACACUCUGACAAAUAGGGGGAAAGCAAACAAGGGAAAGCCGAAGAUGGGAAUAAGAAUUGAGAUUCCGGCCACCACCCCAACACGGGCCAUCUCCACCGUUGCAUCAAUGGUUUUGGAAGAUUUUCUCAACAACCCCAUCAAAGAAGGUGAAAGAGAAUAUGUCAACAAUAGAAAAAUCCAAUGUGCUGAAAAGAUGAUAAGAAAGGCUUUUGUGGAGCUCUACCGUGGCCUUGGAUUACUAAAAACAUACAGCUCUCUCAACAUGGUGGCUUUUGUGAAGAUCCUUAAGAAAUUUGAUAAGGUAUCUAAUCAGGAGGUAUCCACAUGUUAUCUCAAGCAAGUGAAGAUGUCAUAUUUCGUUAGUUCAGAUAAGGUGGUUAGACUAAUGGAUGAAGUGGAGUCCUUAUUUACGCAGCACUUCGCUAAAAAUGAACGGAAAAAGGCAAUGAAGUUUUUGCGACCACAACGGCCGAAAGAAUCUCACAUGAUAACAUUUUUUUCUGGGUUAUUCACAGGAUGCUUCGUCACUUUAUUUGGAGUGUAUGGUAUAUUGGCACAUUUGAGUGGUAUGUUUUCCACUCGAACAGAAUCCGGCUAUGUUGAAACGGUCUACCCAGUUUUCAGCAUGUUUGCCCUAUUAAGCUUGCAUGUGUUUUUGUAUGGGUGUAAUCUGUUUCUGUGGAAGAACACGAGGAUCAAUGUAAACUUUAUUUUCGAUCUACAACCAAAAACAGCCUUAAAAUACAGAGAUGCUUUCCUUAUUUGCACCUCCUUGAUGACUAUUGCUGUUGGAGCUAUGGUCGUCCAUCUCAUUCUCUUAUCUAAAGGAUUUACUUCUAAUCAAGUCGAUGUCAUUCCUGGCAUUCUCAUUCUGUGUCUUUUAGGAAUGCUUUUUUGUCCAUUCAACAUACUUUACCGCCCAACGCGCUUGUGUUUCCUUAGAGUGAUUCGAAACAUAAUAUGCUCUCCUUUUUACAAGGUUUUGAUGGUAGACUUCUUCAUGGCUGACCAACUUACUAGCCAGAUCCCAUUGUUGAGGCACAUGGAAUCCACAGCCUGCUACUUUCUUGCAGGGAGCUUCAAGACACACAAAUAUGAGACCUGCAAAUCCGGACGGAUGUACACGGAGCUUGCUUACGCCAUCUCCUUCGCGCCAUACUAUUGGCGGGCAGCUCAGUGCGCGAGGCGGUGGUUGGAUGAAGGCGACGCGAACCACCUCGCUAACCUCGGGAAGUACUUAUCGGCAAUGGUGGCCGCCGGUGCGCGGCUGACGUUCGCCGGACAACCCGAAUCGCAGCUAUGGCUGGCUAUUGUGCUGCUCACUUCAAUCAUAGCCACCACUUACCAGUUGUAUUGGGAUUUUGUCAAGGAUUGGGGAUUUUUCAACCUCAAUUGCAAGAACACUUUGCUAAGGGAUGAUUUGAUUCUCAAGAAUAAAAUCAUUUACUAUUUUUCAAUUGCCCUGAAUUUUGUCUUGCGACUGGCCUGGGUGGAGACAGUGAUGCGUUUCAAUGUUGGAGUUUUUGAGUCACGCUUGCUCGACUUUUCUUUGGCUUCAUUGGAGAUUAUUAGACGAGGACACUGGAACUUCUAUAGGUUGGAGAAUGAACAUUUGAACAAUGUUGGAAAGUUUAGAGCCGUGAAGGCAGUGCCAUUGCCAUUUCGCGAAACAGACUCUGAUUGCUGAUAAAAGUAAUCUCAUUGUUGAAUAAACUCUAUUAUUA